AUGGAAGAGAAAGUUCCUGGUAGCGAUGACCAUUGUCGAAUCAAAGUAAGUUAAUCUUCUAUUUGUAUUUUCUGUGUUUAGAUCUUGGUUAAACAAUUGGGACGCAAGGAUAAUAUAUUGUUCAACAGUGUCUUGACUCGUUUGUCAAGAAUCACGACGAUUGAUGGUAAGAGGAGCUUUAUAAUUACGCUUUUCGUUAUGUUACACCUAAUUUUAUAUAGGUAUUGAACAACUUUAUGAUAGAUUUAGCUGUCUUUUUGGCCAAAAAUGGUUCGUUUUUAAUAAAAUUUAAUGAUUUUUUUCUAAAGCCAUUUUUUAGUUGGAGAUCCUGUGAGAUACAUCAGGCCGAUCUUCGUGACACAAACAAAUGCAGAAACCGAUCAGUUUUCUGUUUUACAACCUCAUAGGAAGACAUUUGGUUUGGUAACAAUAAUAUCGUUGAAUAACAUCAAAGACGAUUCAGAUGGGUUAGCAGUGUUAGGAUCAGCUAGGGUAUCGUAUGAUCAGUACAAAAACAAUAUAAACGAGGACUUGAUUUCAUCACGAUGUGUGUCUUUUGGAAAUGCUAGAUUGGUAGGUGGGACAUGGAUAAUAUUAUUAAAAUUUAGUUGCAUUUGAUGUUCUUAUAAAAAGAAAUGGUUUUAUAUUAAAGUAAAGACACUGAUAAAGGCUAUUGGUAAAAAAAGAUGAAACGAGUUUAGAUGUUACAUUUUAGAAAACGUCAAAAGAAGCCUUUAUAAAGUCAUAAAUCUCAAGUUUUUCUGUAUUUUCAGAUAGAAUCCCUCUUUCCCUCGUCCGAAUUACAUGCCCACGAGACUCUGGAUCAAUCUUCAAACCUGGAGAAUCAAAUUCGCGACUUCCUAAGGACAAUAUACUACGUAUUAGAGAGUAGACGGCUAGAUGUAGCCUUUGAACGAGCCGAAAUCUUGCCAAACUAUCCUUCAUUACAACAAGAAGAACGAUAUCGAGCCGGAUUGGAGGACAAAACUUCAAAAACGUAUAGGAAAAAGUGCGUGGGAAGAUUGCGGAAACAAUGUGCUGAUUAUGCUUUGUUGACCGGUCAAUUCGUGAAUGCUUUAGAAGGGUAUCAGAAUGCAAUUGAUCCGUUGAAGUCAGCUGGGGAUCUGCUUUGGCUUGCUGGUAAGGUUAUUUUGAAUCAGGAAAUGACUUUUGCGGGUUUAGAAUUAACAAAUGUUGAAGAGUUUUAGGCUGUCAAAUGACUUUUUUGAAAAAAAAUUUACAAGCUAAAUCGUAAACUUGAUAAUAGACCACUAAAGCAAUAUUUUUUAGCAACAUACGAAGGCUGGGCAGUAGCAGCGCUAGCUACACGAUUUUCUAGUCAAAUGGACGAAGAACGAACACAAAUUCAACGUACCGUCUCAAUGCAACCGGUGGAAAUGAUAAGGACUUCGGAAGAGGCUGACAGAUUAUCGUAAGACUAAAUUUUAUUUUAGAAAUUGCUUUGGGGGAUCUAUAGUUAGUUCAAAAUAGUAUUUUAGGCUGUUUGCUAUAGUAAAAUGCCUUUCAGAUCAACCCUAGGUCACCAACGUCACCGUUCGGACGACACAAACUUUAUCAAUUCAAAAGACACGUUAAGUAUAUCUUCAUCGUCUACAAACUCAUCCCUCAGCACCAAAAAACCGUUCAAAAAAGCCCUAGCAAUGCUGAAUCUAGAGCGAACUGUCGACCCACGAGAAAUCGACAUAAAAGACAUCAUAGAGAGGUUCAAGUCAGCACUGAAGAAUUACGAAAGGUUCUCGUUCAUCGCCUACAUCGAAUUUGAAUGUGUGAUAAGAGCAGUGAAUGUUUACAGGCUGCAGAGGCAGUAUAUUGAUACGGAGGUGAGGGAAAAUCGUAUGAAUUUUGUAUAUUGUAGUAGAUAAAAACAUUACAUUUUGGCCCAAACGUAAAUAAAAUAAGCAAAAAGUCACGAUAUAACCCUGUUAAAGAUAACUAAAUUCAUUUCAUUUUAGAUAUCAUUAUGUAAAUAAAUAUUACUGUAGAGAUCACUAUCUAACUCAAUAUUAUUGUAGAUAUCACUACUUAACACAAUAUUGUUUUAGGUUUUCCUCCGAGAUAGAGUAGGCAAAUACCUGGCCGACACUUUCACUUUGUUCUCAAAUCAAACCAAAUCCCAAAUCUGCAUGAUUUGCGCCUCAAUCUACAAAUCGAUGGGGUUUCGAAGGAAGAACGCCUUCUUUUCCCGUCUGGCAGUCCUCUUUCGACUACAUGUUGAUGAUGAUGAAUAUCGGUCAGAAGCCGACUAUAAAAUAGUCUACCCUGUAUUAUAUUCAUCAUUAAAAGGCUACGGGAUUGACGAUACACUAAAGUCAUCGAAAAGAAAGCUAGGACACGUUAGUGUGCAGGUUAAAGCUCUUCAUGAAGUGUUCAUGAGCGCUCAGAGGGCUGGAUUGGCUGAAGCGGCUGUUAGGCAUUUGUGCUAUAUACUACAGGUUAGUUGGGAAAUAUUAGGUUUUUAGAUAACAAGUGGGGUAUGUUUUAUGAAUUCAAAUAAAGCAAUGAAGGUUUUAGGCUUAAAAAGCUGGUAAUAUUCUACCUUAUGUCGCAGACUCGUAUUUUACGUUAAAAAAACGAAAUUUGAUAGAAACUUUCUGUAAAUAUUGUAAAAGGACAUCAAUUUCAGACCUACUUUUACCACAUAGACAACACAAACAAGCUACAACUGGUGAACGAGCUAAAACGACUGGUCGUUUUGCACAAAACCAAAAUCUCCCUAGCUCAACCCAUAGCCCUAGAUCAAUGUUCGGUCAUAUUACCGCCGCUUCAGAUGAGUAAAAUACCGGUUGUUAGGUGAGUUUUGAUAUGAAAGGCAUUGACAUGGAUUGAAGAUAGACUUGGGCUUGGAAAUUUCAAAAAAAAUUUUAAAAUUUGAAUAUUAAAGGAAUAUUAUGGUUGAAAAAUUGUGAAAAUGAAAAAAAAAUAUUAAAAAGAUGUUAUCAUGGUUACUUAGCAACAAUAUUCUACCUAUGUAAUGUUAAUUUUGACGAUAUUAUAAAUUAUUUUGAUAUUUUUUGAUGACACCCUGAAAUUCAGGGGUUUCGUGUUGGGACGCAGAAAUUUUGCAAAAAUAUUUUAUAUGGUACUACAAGUUUAAAAAGUGAUUUUUAUGAGUAAUAUAAUAGCAUAAGUAUAUUUUUAAAGCUUUAUUAGAGUCAAAAAAGCAUGAUUUUAAGUUAAAAAUGGUCUUUUUUCAGUGCUUUCAAAGUCCAACCUCUGGCCAGCAAUCUAGCACCAUCGAUUUGUCAAGUUGACAGUGCCGAUGGACGGGUUUUCAUAUAUUCUCCUUUCCAAAACAAUACGGUUGUUAAAGGUAAGGUUUAGGUGUUGGUCCUCUUAUGUUUGUUAUGGCAAUAUUUUUUUUAUAUUAUCUUAGAUUGGCAACUUUUUUUUGUAACCUGCCUACUGCUAACCUAAUACUAGGUAUUUCAAGCCAUAAACGGCUUUUUAUAUCUAAAUUUGUGAUAAGCUGUAAGGGGAUUUUUUGUUUCAACGUGGUUUAUAUAAUGAAAGUGUUCAAAUUGAUUUUGUGGUAACAAUACUUUUUUUCAGACACUGUAUGGGUAGUGAACACAGCCUGCCAAGUCACAGCCAAAGUUUUAAAUUUACUGCCAAUGGAUUUGAUGGUCGAAAACAUGAUCCUUCACGUGGAUGGAGUAGAAUUUGAUCCAGUACCUAUUCAACUAAACCUCAAUGCAAACGAUAACGAUUCAGAAGUGACCGAAACUACAGUAUCGCUACUAGGAAUUCCGAAAACAGCCGGUUGGAUGACUUUAACCGGCUACAGUUGCACUGUGUUUGAUGUGGAGAAUGUGUGUAGCUUGAAUGAGUUGCCAGAAGCACCGCCGGUGAAAGUGAGGAUAUUGCCACCUCUUCCGAAGCUACAGGUCAAUGUGGACUUGAAAAGAGCGCCAAUACUGGAGGAUACGAUGGGAGUGGCAGAAACUACGGUGUUUUCGGGACAAACGUACGUUUAUUUUUCAGAUUUUUUUUUGCUGGGCGGGGUAAAAAAAAUUUUUUUUGGUGGGUGGGAAGAGAAUUUUUUGAUUUUUUAAAAGAAAAUUGUAAAAUACGUACAAAAACUUUACCUAAUUUUAGAUUUCUACAUACAAUCAACAUCAAAAACAUUGACGAGAAAAUAGGGAUCAAGGAAGUGAGGAUACGAAUCGACCAGCCCAAAGUAUACGGAGGACCACCAUUACUAGAGUUUGUUGGGUUGGAACAAGAAGACGGGGAAAAAGAUGAGAAACAAAAGAAUUGUUUGAAACUGAUGAGCUUAAAGCCGGGAGAAGAACGAGAAUUAAGGUUUAGAAUCUUUGGAAUCGAUCCAAGUGCUUCGGCUUCUGAUAAGAAUCCAUUAAAUGAGGUAAAUUUUGACGGGGAACGGGUUGAUUUUGGCGGUGGUAGUGCUAGGAGGAUAUUUUUGGUUGGGGGGGGGGGGGUGAAUUGUAAGCGAUAUAGCUGUAAAGGGUAAGGUGGGACAUUGGGACCUCGGUUUGGAUCCCGCCUUUUGGGCUAACGUGAUAGCCCCGUCCCUUUUAAAUUUGUUAUUGCCUAGCUUGGAUCGGGUCUGGCGGGUACCUUUAUUAGGAGGUUGUUUUUGGUCUAAAAUGAGGUGAAAGGAAGAUUAAGGGGGUUUAAAUAAAAAAAAUGAAUCUGUGCUUUGAAUGUAGUGAAAUAAACUAUUCCAAAGUCUUUUUACUAAUGCUCUUUUUAUAGGUAUACAUUCGAAAAGAAAAAGCAGUUCUAAACGGCGUUGAUAAAGCUAAAAAGAGUAUAGAAGAAGUGGCAACAGAACCAGAACGAUCAGCUUCAGGAAUUAUAAGAGAAGACACAGUAGAGGAUGACAAAGAAGAAGAACGACUACUGAAAUCAACCAUCAAAAAGUCGGUUUCAGACACGAAAGUUAAGGAAAAACGAGAACAUGAUCUGAUCCCUUAUAUUGGAGUAGGUUUUUCAGGGAUUUUUAAAGGUAUAAGGCUUGAUUUGGUUGUUUUACUUAACCAAUACAUAACUUUAUUGCCUAACUUUCAGCGUCUACUAACAUCGGAGUUCAUAUUCGAAUACGUGGCGGACAUAGAAACAGAAUCAGGAGAAACAUACGAACGGCAGGAGACAUUGAAAAUGGCAAUUACUAUCAUACCCGCUAUUACAGUUUCCCACUGGCAAGUUUUAGCUGGCGAUUCACCUACGAAUCGAUUUGUUGUGGUUGAUGUUACCAACACGACCGAUUUUGAUGCUGAAUUAAGCUUUGGUUCUGAUGGAAGACAGAUUUCGGUGCAACCAAAGGAGGCUUGCAGGUAAUCAAGGGAUGUUGUGGUAGGAAGAUAUUUUGGGAGGGGUAGGUAAGAAAAUAUUUUGGUAGGGGUUUGUAAGGGUACUACAGUAGUAGGAGGGGUAUAUGGUAGUAAAGUGGACAAGUUGACUGUGGUAAUGGUAUAAAAGGGUAUGUUGAAGCAGGGGAUGGUAGGAGGAUACAAGCCAAACAUUUACCCUUUCCAGAGUCCCUCUUCUAUGCCCAUGCUCAAAUCUAAUCCACACGUCAGACUUUCAUCGUGCAGCUCAACGAGCUUCGCAUAUGAUGCAAAUGCAGGAGAUGGAAGCUCUAAGGCGGCGGUUAGAGUCCCAUUUUUCUCAGCAUUUGGAAAUCCGCUGGCGGGUCAAAGCGCUGAAUUUGGACGGACUAGUACCAGUAGGACCACUGCUAUCAUCGGUUGGGUUUUUGAAACAGUUGGUCGUUCCUGUGAUUUCUAUAGGUAAGGGGUUUUUUUAAAUUUUUUGAGGGUAGUAGUGGCUUCAGGGUCGGGUAACUUUUUAUUUUUUUUAUUAUGAGGGGGGGGGGGGGGGAUUUGGGCGGGGGGUUUUUAAGGCGAUAAUUUUAAAAAUAUGUUAAGAGUAUAUAUAGUUGUGUUUGAUACAUAUUUUUGUAGUUGUACAUGUAAAUGGCAAGCAAUACCUCAGCGAAGAUGACUUACCUACCAUUGUUGGGCAUAUACAACAGUUGGAGAUAGAAUUGGUUAGCUCAACUAAAGGUAGGGUAACUCUAAAGUGUCAGGAUUAUAAAUUUAAAUAUUUUUUUUAAUUUGGCUUUUUUUGAAAAAAGUGUGAUUUUAGAUACAAAAAUAUUAGUUUUUCAUAUUGAAAUUAAUAUUUUUGACAUUUUAAAUUAUAUUUCUUGGUUCUAAUACAUAAGUAUUGUCUUUUACAAUUUCCUUUUCAAAAAAUGAUUUGAUAAGCUUAUAUAUUGUCAAUUUUAGUGCCAUUAAACUUUCACGGCCACCUCCAACUCCACUGCAUUCAAGACGUGCAAAACGCGGCCGAAAUCAUCGAUCGAACCGACUUCCUGGUGGUUUGUGGCGUAAGGAAACAACCAUUCAGCUUGAAAACGGCCGAAGAAAGCAAGGUAUUCAAGACCAAAUUCUCUUUCCUAUUCCGAUCAGAAGGUGUCUUCAAAAUUCGACCACAAAUUGAAAUUGGCACUGGACUGGAGCACUACAUGGAGGAACUGAUCGUACCAACUGUCUCGUUUAACGUAAAGUCUCGAAAAUAG